GCUGUAAUCGAUAUCUUAGCUCAUUUGACAUCAACAUUUAGCCUUGCAAAAGGUACCUCAUUUUUGUUUAGUACAUAAGGUUCUUAUUCUAUCAAUCUUAUCACUAAUAGGUACAGACUUCUAAGAUCCCAAGUCGUAAUUCACUAACUACCUGGCACCUCCACAUUCUAACAUUAAGUUCUUUCGGAUACCUAUUUUCGCAAUGUCGUCCGUAGGGCCUCAAUUACCACCGCACCUUUCUAAGCGCAAGCGUACUCCAGAAGACGAAUCGGCAGAUUCUCCUGCCGCAAAGCUACGAGCUACAGAAGGAGCGCAAACCAACCAGGACGAAAUAGAUCUCGAUAGCGAUGAUGGUGAUGAUGGUUAUGGCCCGCCUGCUCCUCAGCCAGCAGCGAAAGCAUCUAUAGGACCUACCUUACCGCCUUCAAACACGGAUGAGAUCAAAUUAGACGACAGCGACGACGAUGACAUCGGUCCAUCUGCUCCACCGCCACCUACGAAUACUCGGCCAUCUAUAGGACCUACUCUCCCGCCCCCAAACCAAAAUGAAAUCCGAUUAGAAGACAAAAACAAUUCUUCCGACGAUGAGGCCGGGCCAGCACCACCUCCAGCCCCCCCAUCCCCAUCCUCAAAACGCGUCCACGGCCCCGCGCCUCCACCCGCCCCUCUCUCCGAGCGACCAACCACAUCCGCCAACUCGGACUCAGACUCGGACGACAACGACGACGACUACGGUCCCGCCCUCCCAACAUCAACCUCCCACAUCCAACGCCAAACCCAAGCCCGCGCCGCCGAAGAAGCCGCUCGCGCAGCCCAAGCAGCCGCCGGCCCCCAGCGCGACGACUGGAUGCUCGCGCCCCCAACCGCAAGCGGCUACCGCGCGCCAGACCCAACCAAGCUCAAAAACCGGCGCUUCGCCAGCGGUCCACGAGCGGCGGCGUCGUCGUCCUCCAGCGCCGCGCCCGGCGGCGAGAUCAGCAGCAUAUGGACGGAGACGCCCGAGCAGAAGCGCAAGCGCCUCGAGGACGCCGUCCUCGGGCGCACCAACGACGCUGCUGCUGCCGCGCAGAUGCGCACCACGAGCAGCAACGGCCGUGCCGCCGGCGCAGACCCUCCGCCCUCGAAAGAAGCCCAGGAGCGCCAGGACCGCGUGCGCAGCUACACCGAGGCCACGCGCGGCCGCAGCCUGUACGAGGAGCACCAGUCGUCGCGCCAAGCGCGCAAGCUGCAGGCCGACGAGGAGGAAGACGAUCCGAGCAAGCGCGCCUUCGACCGCGAGAAGGACAUGAAGCUCGGCGGGCGCAUCGGCACCGCCCAGCGCCGGGAGCUGCUGAAUCGCGCUGCGGAUUUCGGCGGCAGGUUUGCCAAGGGGAAAUACCUCUAACCUAGGGGUUUAUGGUGGUUGUCUGCACAUGAUUGGGUAUAUAGUAUAGGUUAUAGGUUAUAAAAAAGGGAAGUACCUGAAGUAAGAAGCGGAGAGGAUAGAAAUGGAAAAUAGGAAUAUAUUUAAAGCAAAGUUAUGAAGAUACCCAUAUUCACGAACUAAAAGGCUGAGCAGAGCGAGGUCUUUCAUAUAUGGAAUUGCAUCUUAGCUAGCUUGUACUAUAGAAAGUAUGAUACAACAAUACACUCAAGGCCUAAUGUGCCAAGAAUCAAAAUACGGAUUUGAAUAUAAUCCAUUCGUUGCAAUCUGCUUUCUAGCAUUGCUCACUUCCUAGCUUGCGUGUUUGCUAGCUAACAGAGAUAGAUAGAUACAUACAAGGCUCACGCAGGGAAUCCUCCUAAUUCAACGACACUCUCCUCUCCUUUACUCCUUUGACUCUGGGGAACACUAAAAAAAGAUAAUGGCAAACCCU